GUGCGCUGUGUCUCUCAGACACAACGGAUCACCGAUCAAUGGAAGGAGCCAAAGACAUCGGCUUGGUCAUGUGAUCAGCUGUGUCCAAUCACAGCUGAUCAGGGGACAUGUACACUGAUCAUCAGGGCACUGAUGAUCAGUGUGCCCUGAUGAUCAGUGUAGCCCCAGCAGUGCCACCUGUCAGUGUCCAUCAAUGCCAGCUGUCAGUGCUCAUCAAUGCCACCUGACAGUGCCACAUGCCACAAUGCCACAUAUCAGUGCCUACCAGUGCACAUCAAUGCCACAUAUCAGUGCCCAUCUGAGCUGCCUGUCAGUGUCACCUAUCAAUGCCAUUCAGUGCCACCUAUUAGUG